AUGAGCAUUGAGAACGUACAGAGCGACGUUGCUUAUUUUUCUGAACAAGAUGAAGCAAAGUCCAUUCUAGCAGAGAUUUCAUACACAUCGAAUUAUCUACUAUUCGAUAAAAAUGAAACAGAAGGAUAUUCUGAUGAGGAUGUGGAGUCUAUACUCUCAAAACUCGUGACAAAUAUUAACACCCUCAGUGAGAUAAUUACCAAAUAUAUGAACGUGGAAGUGCUACUGUACCAGUAUAUCGAGUCCCUAAUAGGCGACAUUUUUUAUAUCAUAAAACGGUUCCUGCUAUACCCUAGUUCACUCAAGGCGGAGAUUUUAGCUCGUCACGGGUCAACCAAGUCCACUUCGCUUUUGGUUCUUGAAAAGUUGUGCUAUUAUCUGUACGUCAUUUCAAAGUGUGUAGGAAUCCGAAGACUGAUAAACUACGCUCCAAACGACGUAGAGCUGUUUGUAAAGGUAACCGAGACCAUCGAAAUCAUUCAAAAAUCGAACGUUGAGGGAGCCGAGGUAGUCUUCACCAAGUAUGAGGAUCACCUUUGGUGUUUAGAGUACAUUAUUUUGGCCUGGCAGUCACUUCUGAUAUAUACACCCUUUGAGCUAAACACCAUAUGGCACCAUUCAUCCAAUGCGAAAAUAACUUUUAAGACUCGGAUUCUGACCGAGUCGAUGUAUUAUUUGAACAAAUCGACUAAGGCUAGAGACGGUGCCGCCAUGGUUAUUUCGAAUUUGUUCUCCAGAAGGGACGUCCUAAACUCCCAGGACUUCCAUUUUUUUCUCGAUCUCUGCAGGGAUAUAUUGACUAAUCCUGAGUACACAGGGAGCGUGAGUGACGAAGAUUCAGAUUCUAGCUUUGUAGCCGUUGGAGAUUCCUCUAAAAAUGUGAACAAUCAUCUUUCUAUAGGGGUUUUGAUGGUUCUGAAACAGAUACUCAAGAGAGUCGGCUCAAACGAUCUGAGACCCUACUUGGAAACCAUUCAGUACUGUUUGCUUCAUUGUGAAAGGAUAAUCGUCAAUUCGGCCACGAAAAAGCUCCUGGCCUCAUGUUUGGGCAGGCUCGCGAUCCAUUAUCUCCCAGCUGAGGAAUAUUCUAGAAAAUAUCGUAGAAAAUGCAUUAAUUUAUUCAGUACUAAUGCGUCUAAGGACAAAAGUGCAUGUGAUGAUGAGGAAACGCACUUCAAAACGAACGUAGAAUGGGAAAGCAAUUUUGACACUGAAACCGUUGAGAUAUUUAUCUCUAAAAUACUAGAUCUACUCACGGACAGCGAUAUUAGGGUGCGGUGGGCAUCAGCGAAGUCUCUGGGACGAAUAUCUUCACGAUUGCCAGUCGACUUGAACGAGGAAAUUAUUGAACACAUCAUGGAGCUGAUCAACUCCCAAUUCAGUCAGGUGCCCAACGCUGGAAAUAUAAGCCCCGAUCAAGGCUCCGCAUUCCGUUUUAACGCAAUUGACUCCAGUGUGUUGAACCUAGUGGCGAGACCGCUGAGCGUCAAAAGCGAGAGUGUCGUUCACGGAGGAUGUCUGGCAAUCGCGGAAAUACUGAGAAAGGGACUAAUCCACCCUCAUAUGUUGGACAGGGUGCUGGACACGACGAUACUGAGCCUCUCCUUUGAGGUUUGGAGGGGCAAGGGCUCCGCGGGCACCGCCGUCAGGGACGCCUCGUGUUACAUCUGCUGGGCAGUUGCACGCACGUUCACGAAGGAAAUGCUCAGCUUCGACCACGUGUCGAUGAUGAGCAGGGAGCUUGUGAACGUGGCUCUUUUCGACUCCUCAGUCAAUUGCCGCAGAGCAGCCUGUUCGGCACUGCAGGAGCUGCUGGGCAGGAUCGGCACGGUGCCCGGGGGCCUAGAGCUGAUACAAAUGUGCAACUUCUACACAGUGUCCAAUCGCAAAAGAGCCUUCAUUGAGGUCUGCCAGCAGGUUUCCACGCUCAACUACUAUUCGAACUCAAUGCUGCAGAACAUCAUCACGACCAAGUUGUUCCACCCCGACCUGUCGACGAGAGAACUCGCCUCGCUUGCAAUAUAUAAAAUACUGUCAUCGACCAAGCAGCUCACCCUUUCUCGCAUUAAUUACCUUCAAAAGGACGAGAAGGAGGACUGCAAAGUGUCCCCUAGCAUAGAUAAUGAUGCACCUACAACGCAGUAUCUUGUAAACAAUUUGAUUAACUACCUAUUGUCUAACUUGAUGACUGGGCUGACGGCGACCACUCACGGCGCAUUGAGAGCCUUGACGAGACUGGUCUCACUUGCCACUGAACGGAGCUAUCCAGUGGAUCUCUUCUUCUCCAAUGUGCUGAGUGUGCCCGUGACCUUUGAAAAAAAACGCCUUUUCAGAGGUAGGGGCUCAUCAUUGAUACGGCAGUCAGUAAGUAAGUUAAUAGCAGCCAAUUGCAAGCUCAUUUCACACGUGUAUUAUAGCGAUUUUUAUAAUUACGCAAACCACUUUAAUGCCAAUAUGAUCGACGACUACAUCGUCGUUUUAAAGGAUUCCUUGAGGAACUUCACACCGGAAGUCCAGCUCGCUUCAGUUGAGGCGUUUGAGCAGGUGUUCCUUCUGGUAAGGGACACUCCCAGGUUCUCUGAGCUUCUGACGUUUUUUAUCAACUCCCUAUCCUCUACGGGCGACCAUAUUGCGGCUAGGAGGGGCUAUGCGUUGGCGUUUUCGUCAAUACCGGUCUUUCCCGACGUCAGCAACAAGGGCCCUUCAGGGAGUGGAGAACGUUCGUCGUCUUCCCAGAGUUCAGCCAGUUUCCCCGAGGAUAGCUCCGAGAAGUCCGACGAGCACACCGUUAAUAGGAUUCUGAAGCUGCUCUGCAACGAGAUUAGGACGAACCCGAGCCUCGAAAUCGUCAGAGAUGCCAAGACUAGGCAGUUCGCUCUCCUGUCGAUACUGUCAAUCAUCACCAGGCUCGAGUCCUUCGUCUUAGACUCUCAGAUUGUAAAGGAGUUAACUGAUACUCUGGUUAUUUGCUGCAACGAUUACGAAGUGGACUCUAGGGGAGACGUCGGCUCAUGGGUACGCGAGCUCUCUGCCGAAGUGAUCGCCUACGUGCUCAAUGACUAUUUGUUUCAAAACAGGCCCAGUUACUUCAAGAGUGGCUCCAAGAGCCUCUUCAGCAACUUAACUAAGGACAUGGCCACUGACUUAACUAGGGGUCUCGUGAGCCUCUCUCUUGAGAACCUGGACCAUGUUCGUUCAAGGAGCACCUUUCUGUUCUGCCACCUGUUUACCAACAAGCUUUCUAAGUUCAACUUCACGUGGGUGUGGAACCGCAUUUUCUUUAACACGGCUUAUGAGCAUCAGAUUUCAAUGACUGCCCUUGGCAGACGCAACCUCAGUAGCCCUCAUAAUUUAAAUGGCAAUGGCAACUACCAAAUAAACGAUAAAAACGACCAGGAUGACGACGACGACGAGGAGGAUGCUGAGGUAGACCGUGAAAUUCAGAUGUACAUUGACGAGAAGCUCGAGAUGAACAUGUACAUAAACAUAGACAACAGAUUACUGGACGGGUUCAACAUGCUUCACGACAUUUCGAAGAAGCUCCUGGAGGUGGUUUCGACGCACUUCGAGGAGGAAUCCUCGAGCUCCGACGGGACGGCCGACUCCGCCUCGACCCUCACCUCCCGCAGCGGCGACUCCGCGGCCAGCGGCAGCGCCGACUCCGAGGGUUCUUACGAGGAUCGCCCUGAGUACUCCCUGAUCGGCUCAGAGAAGGUCAACGUCGCCCUGCGGAUCCCCGGGUGGUCCGCCGCCCCCCUCACCUUCAGGACCCUCCUCUGGGUGCUCCUCAUCCCCUCGUACAGCCGCGUCGCCUUCCGGUCCAUCGUGAACAUCAUUGGCCAGAACACUCGCCUCGAGGUGGCCAUUAACUCGGGCCGCAGCGUAAUGGCUCUUGAGGAGGUGCUCGUCGACUUCAUCGCCCGCAACAGGUUCACUCUCGUCGUCUGGAACGGCCAGCCUCUCACUCUCGAGAGCGUUUUAAACCGCUGCUCCGUGCAGAUUUACCGGGAGGCUGUUGCUUCUGGCGACUGCAAGACUGCCGUCAGGCUCGUGAACACUAUGAAGGCUCUCUUCAGUCACCGUAUUAUUUUUAUCGACGACUGGAACGACUUCGUUUCUCUUUUAAUUUCCGAGGCUGGUACUGCCACCAACUACGCUUACCUCAAGGCCAUAAUUCGACUUCUUCAGGUUCUUCUCAUGGACGAGGUGCAUCAGUUCCGUGCUGACGUUGCUGAGACUCUGCUGAGUUUGCUUUCUCAUCAGUAUCCGACCAUUCGGUCCUACGUUGCUUCUCAGCUCACUCUCGCCCUCAGCUCUCGCUCCGACUCCUUGGCUCUCGAGGCCAUCGACAUCAUAGACUCUUGCUCUUUCCACCUCGAGAGUUCUGCGAGCUCCAUCUCCGUGGUUCAAAGGCUUCGUGCUGUUCUUAAGCUUUAA